AUGGCCAGCAUGAAUGAGUCUGCUCCAGCCACAGCAUCAUCUCCUACCCACCAAAGCCAAGCUGAAGCCAGAACAGAUUCGUCGAUGCCCGAUAUCACCCAGCACUCACUCGAACACAACCCAGAUAUCUUCACCAUUAUUUGUUGCAACGACAGCUUCCAGCUUGCCCUCAAUCAUAACCAUCAAGACCCUGCUGCGAGUGUGCAAGCGAGCCCGUCCUCUCCUGAGCUCCAAGCUGCCUCGCUUUCACAAUUGGUCCUCACACCGAGCGACAAGAUCGCCAUCUCGCUCCAUUGCGAUGAACAAGCCACAGCCGACCGAUCCUGGCUCGUCGAACAAGCAGAGCAAGGAAACGCCUUUGCAUCGUACUUCCUGGCACGGACUCUCCAGAUUGAUCUCAAUAGCGAUCGCAUUGACAAGUCCGAGCGGCAAGCCAUCCACCAACAAAUCUUCCGCCUCUUCGAAUCAGCGGCCAACACAAACCACACAAUGGCACAGUUCCACCUGGCCCAGUGUUAUCGCAACGGAAUUGGAGUCGACCGAGACCGCACCAAGACCAUCGAAUUGUACCGCAGUCUUGCAGAUGGUGGCAUUCCUGAGGCCCAAAUUGCCCUUGGAGAUUGCUACGAGAGUGGCGAAGGUGCCGAACAAGACUACGACUCCGCCAUCAGGUGGUACUCCAAUGCUGCGGAUCAGGGCAGUGAAGACGGUCGUCUCCACAUCGUGUUCCUGCAAGCAUGGUUCUCGUUCAUCGGCCGGGGUGUCGAGCAAAGUGACAUCGAUGCCUUCAACCAAUGGCAGGAAGUCAGCACCCAAUCCACCGACCCGAUCAUCAAACCCAUUGCCACACACAUGGUCGGAUGGAUGCACUAUCUGGGCCGAGGAACCGUGCGCGACCAACAGAAGGGUGUCAAGAUCAUCUGCGAGAACAAGUCAGAUGAGUUCAGACUGGGAGAGGGCGAGUGCCUGGUUGCUUGGUGGACCAACCUAUCGUACGACUCACGAGCAGUCUACAGAUUCUUCAAGUUGUGCCAGCUGGGAUCGGAUCGUGACUGGCUGUGCAAGCAUCUGAUGGCUCUCUGUAUGCUCCAUGGAUUCGGAACCGCGAUGAACCGGAAGAAGGCGGCGGGCAUUUUUGAACAGCUCGCCAUCGACGGUCACAGCGACAGCCAGCUCUGGAUUGGAGAGUGCUACAGUUGCGGCGGAGGAGUAAUAUGGAACCCAGAGAAGACAUUCGAAUGGUUCCGCAAGUCGGCCGAUCAAGGCAACUCGUAUGGGCAGUGGAGGGUCGGUUAUUGCUUCUACUACGGAACGGGGGUCGCCGAGGACAAACCCCAGGCAGUCGAGUGGUAUCGCAAGUCGGCCGAACGAGGCAAUCGGUACGGACAAUGUUGGCUCGGCGACUGCUACAAGAAUGGCGAAGGAGUCCCCCAGGACAUCGACACCGCCAUUUUCUGGUACCGCAAGUCUGCCGACCAAGGAAACAAAGAUGCCAUCAACAGCCUCAACGGUCUCGGCAGAUGGCCUUGA